CGGAAAAUCUUGAUCGCAAGGGGGGUCAGCCGAACCUCAUGACCCAGUGGAAAUCUGAAUGAAUGAUACUCUUCCUCUCCUUUCCCUCUUUCUAAUAGAUCAGGUCAAAAUAUAAUGGGGUCCUCUCAAAGCACCUUUCCUGGGACACCCCUAGGGUGUAUGCUGAAUAAUUGGAAAGCGUUUAGACGCCAGGCUGAUUAUGGCAUUGUAUUAUGUAAGGACAAUCUUAUAAAGUUCUGUACUCUGGAAUGGGCAGCACUCGGGGUGGAAUGGCCCGAGGGGGGAACACUUAAACCAGAAAUCGUACAAGCUGUGCAUAGCACUGUAACCCGAAAAGGCAAUUGGGAUCAAUAUCCUUAUAUAGAUAUUUGGCAGGACCUCGUGGCCGACCCUCCCCCAUGGUUGCAAAAAUGUAAAACACGAACUCUUAAAACUCUGAUGGCCCGUGCCCCCGUUAAAAAGCCCGGUCCCCCCGUUAAGAAAUCUUGUCCGCCAACUAUAAUUCCUUCUGCCCCUGAUUAUAUGCCUCCUCCCCCUUUGUAUCCUGGCCUCCCGGUCAUAGCAGACAGCCCACCCCCUGCGAGUAAUUCCCUAGACACAGGAGAGGAUACCAACUCUGAUCAGGACUUUUCCGAUCAGGAGCCCUCCCCAAUUGCCAGCCGCCUUAGGAACAAGCCUAAGAGUGGAGCUGACUCUGGAGAAAUCCAGGUGAAGAGGGACGGGAGCUCAGCUCCCGAUUGUAACCCUGAAAACAAGGUGACGGUUUACCCUGGUCCCACAAUGACCCCCAAAAAGAGGGUGCGGAAAAUGGCACCCAAUUAUACACCUGGGGACACUCAAGUAACCCUUACUCGCUCGUACACGAUGCCCUUAAGGGAGACUUUGACCUCAAACGGUCAACUUACUAUGCUUUAUGUCCCCUUCACUAGCAGUGAUUUAUAUAAUUGGAAGCACCAGAAUCCCCCGUUUUCGGAGGAUCCAGCCCCGCUAACAACAGUAUUCGAGACCUUGAUCUCGGCCCAUAAUCCUACCUGGGGCGAUAUGAGAGUAGCUCUAAAUACCCUACUCACUGCCGAGGAAAGGCGUUUAGUCUUCUUAAAAGCCCGUGAACAGCUAGAAGAGACAGAAAAAAUGCAGCCAAGCUGGCAGAACUAUUGCCAGAAAGCCCUCCUGAUUGGGGGCAUGGUAGCAAUGACUUAGAUAAGCACCGCAACUAUGCCGCCGCUGUAGUACAGGGCAUGAAGCGCUGUAUUAGAAAAACACCAAAUUGGGCUAAGCUGUAUAAUGUUCGACAGGAAAAGAGUGAGAAUCCAGCUGCCUUUUAUGAACGUCUGUGUAACACUUGUAAGAAAUACACAGACAUUGAUCCGGACAGUGCUAAUGGAAAGCAGGUGUUGAUUCCCCUCUUCAUUGGACAAUCUUAUGAGGACAUCAGGAAAAAGUUGCAAAAAUUGGAGGGGGCAUCGGGUAAAAAUAUAAGGGAGCUUUUAGAGAUUGCAAUGAAGGUUUAUGAUCGCAGAGACGAUGAGGAACGAAAGAAAGGGGCCCGCAUUUUGGCACUGGCCCUAAGGGAGGGAAAUGAGGAGAAGGGGGGCAAGGCUAAAGGACGACCAGGGCCACCGAGUAAGAGUAGGGGAAAGGGUCCCCGUUUAGGGCGAAAUCAAUGUGCUAUCUGUAAGGAGGAGGGACAUUGGAAAAACGAAUGCCCCCGGCGACAUGCCAAAGGAAAAGAGUGCACGGACAGGGUUUUUCCCUCCCCCGUUUACUACAACGGUACAGAACUUUCAGGAGAGAGAUCUUCCCCAUAGGGGGGCCGGGGGACCCAGCGGCCCCUCCUGGCAGCACAAGCUGCCAGCUUGGAUCCCACGGUAAAAAUUAAAGUGGAGGGGGGCCGCCCAAUUGAAGCCCUA